UUAUAUUGAUUCGCGUUCCGUCUGCAUCACUGAUCGGCGGGGGAAUCCAAUGGCAGCAAGCGGAAGAAAAAUGGGGUAUUCAGUGGCGUCGAAUCUGAUCAAAACCCUAACUCGAUCGUCGAACCCGGCUCCUUCGAGCUUCAGAAGCCUCAGUGGCGCGGUGGUGAGCGAUGAGGUCAUCACCUCUCACACUGCUAAAUGGAUGCAGGAUACAAGCAAGAAAUCACCUAUGGAGUUGAUCAAUGAAGUUCCACCAAUUAAGGUUGAGGGCAGAAUUGCUGCUUGUGAAGGAGACACCAAUCCUGCACUCGGGCAUCCGAUAGAGUUUAUUUGCCUUGACCGAGAUGAGCCCGCCAUCUGCAAGUACUGUGGCCUACGCUAUGUACAAGACCAUGGCCAUCAUCACCAUUAGAGUCCAGAGAUGUACUCUCUUUAUUUGGGAUAAACCCUAGUUUUAUUCACUAUGUGUUUGAACUGUAAUUUGAAAAUCUCUGUACUGAGUAAUACCAUAUUCCUUUUGAUGUCGAAUAAGAAUUUGACGCUAUGCUUUUGCCA